AUGACAAAUACCAACAGCUUAGUUUACUUUGAUCUUUCAUGUGCUGACAAACCCAAAGGACGAGUUGUGUUCAAAUUGUACGACGAUGUCGUUCCCAAGACAGCUGAGAACUUUAGACAAUUAUGUACUGGUGAAAAGGGCAACUCUGAGGUGUCAGGUAAACCCUUGACAUAUAAAGGUUCCAUUUUUCAUAGAGUUAUUAAAGAUUUUAUGUGCCAAGGUGGAGACUUCACCCAUGGCUCUGGAAUUGGUGGUGAAUCGAUAUAUGGAGAAAAGUUUGAAGAUGAGAACUUUCAGAAAUUGCAUGAUAAACCAUUUCUUUUGUCCAUGGCCAAUUCCGGACCAAAUACAAAUGGUUCUCAGUUUUUCAUAACUACAGUUCCAACCCCUCAUUUGAAUGGCAAACAUGUUGUUUUUGGUGAAGUUGUUCAAGGGAAAUCAAUUGUGCGUCAAUUGGAAAGAACCGAGACAGAUUCAAGUGACAAACCUUUAGAGGAAUGGAAAAUCACUGAUUGUGGACAGCUUCCAAAUGAAUAUGAGUUGAACCUUGGUUCAGGUUGUGACGAUGGAACAGGGGAUAUUUACGAGGAAGUGUUGAUGGAUAAUGACAAUAUAGAUGUGAAGAACCCAAAAUCGGUUUUCGAUGCCGUGAGUAAGGUCAAAGAAAUUGGAACCAAGCUUUUGAAAGAGGGCAAAUUGGAAAAAUCAUUAGAAAAAUACAGUAAAGCUUGUGGAUUUUUGAAUGAUUAUUUCCCUGAUGAUUUAAACGAAGCCGAUUUGCAAGAGAGGAAUAAAUUGAAGGUUUCGUGUAAUUUGAAUUUGGCGUUAGUUGCACUAAAGGUAAACAAGGCCAAAAUAGCUAUAAAUGCAGCUAAUGAGGCCUUGGAUGUCGAUGGUAUUGACGAAAAGUCGAAAGUGAAGGCUAUCUAUAGAAAGGGGCUGGCGUACCUCUUGUCCAAGGAUGAAGAGUCGGCUCAAAAGUACUUUGAAGAGGCUUUGGCUUUAGAGCCUAAUGACCCAGCCAUCAAAAAGGGACUUCAAGAUGUCAAACAGCGUAUAAAAGAAAGAAAAGAAAAGCAAAAGAAAUCAAUGGCAAAAUUUUUCAGCUAA